AUGUCUCAUGAAGUAGCCAAUGAGAAGGGGGAAGCAGAGAAUUCUGCUCUACUGACACCUGAGAGUAUCACUGGAGCUGUUUCGCCUAGUCCAAGCACAAGCUCUUUUACUUCUUCUAUCGAGACAAGCGAGUCAGAUUUCACUUCAUUAUGGGAGAAGUUGCAGGAUGUUUAUUCUCGAAACAUCGGACUGUUCUAUGUUCUGCUGGCACAGCUAUUUGCUUCUAUUAUGUCUAUGACAACAAGACUCUUGUCAACUGGUUUUGAGACAAAAUUCCACGCUCUUCAGAUCAUAUUCGUCCGUAUGCUUGCCACUGCACUUAUCGGUUCUUUCUACAUGUGGCGUGAGAAAGUCCCCGACUUUCCUUUCGGGCCACGCGAAGUUCGAGGACUGUUGGUAUUGAGAGGCAUGGCUGGAUCUGUUGGUCUUUUCGGUCUCUACUACUCUCUCUCAUAUCUUGACGUGUCCGACGCAACAGUUAUCACUUUCCUUGUUCCGACUCUGACAGCAUUCAUUGCUUGGGUUGCUCUACGCGAACCGUUCACUGUCAAUGAAGCUUCGGCAGGUCUCAUCGCGUUUACAGGCGUGCUUUUCGUUGCUCGUCCUUCUUUCAUCUUCCCAUACAACGACUCGUUCCUUUCGGGAUCCUCAUCAGAUAAUGAAGGUGCCGCCAAAGGUAUUCUUUCGGCAGUCAAGGCAACACCCCAUGAGCGUACAAUUGCCAUUUGCUGCUCCAUUUUCGGCUCCAUUGCUGCGGCGACAGCUUACUCAACUAUUCGGGUUAUUGGAAAGCGUGCCCACUCUCUUGUGAGCGUGAACUACUUUGCAGUGUUGGCUACUGUCAGCUCUUUCCUCAUCAUCACGAUCCACCCUGAUUUGCAGUUUGAGAUCCCCAAGAGUCUCGCUGAGUGGGCUAUUCUUCUCUCUAUCGGGGUUUCCGGUUUCCUGUUCCAGGUUCUCCUCACUGAAGGUCUACAAAGAGAGAAAGCCGGGAGAGCGACCAACCUUAUUCAGUACGUACAGCUUGUCUAUGCAGUCAUUAUUGACCGUGUUAUCUGGGGAACGACUCCUCCGCCAGCUAGCUUCAUCGGCAGUGGUCUCAUUAUUGGAUCGGCUAUCUGGGUGGCUUUGCAAAAGAAGGCUCCCUCAGAGUUGAAGCCGGUGUCUGAUGAGGAGAGAAGCGCUGGCCUGGAUAAGGAUGGGACAAAGGAGGCAUAA